GUCCUUUUUCUCAUAAUCGAAACUGAAUAAUUGUGGUCGUUACAACACUCUCAAGUUUUUUCAUUCACAAACAAAAUUAAAUUGUUUUCCCCAAAGAUUCUGUUCCACCACCUUCCUUUGUUGCGUCUAUGUUUGGUUCGUAAGAAAAAACAAACAAAAAAGAAAAAAAGGAAAAAAAAAUGGUUGCUUUGGUUUCUAAAGAAAAUACGGUCGCUUUGGCUCGCACCGGAAGGCAUUUGCAACGCUACAACAAAGGGCGUCGUCAAGUUGUCGGAUGUAUCCCUUAUAGAUACAAAACUUGCCGGCAGAAUUCCUUACGAGAGCUACAAGUUCUUGUCAUAAGUUCUCAGAAAGGCAAAGGCAUGCUAUUUCCAAAGGGAGGAUGGGAGAAAGAUGAAUCUAAGACAGAGGCAGCUCUGAGGGAGACAUUGGAAGAAGCAGGGGUACGAGGAGUUGUCGAGCGCGAAUUGGGUAAAUGGAGCUUCAAGAGCAAAACCUACGAUACAUUCUACGACGGCUACAUGUUCCCUCUGCUUGUUCAAGAAGAGUUAGAUUUGUGGCCGGAGAUGGAUUUCCGUCAAAGAAAAUGGAUGAGUGUUACAGAAGCAAGAGAAGUUUGCCAGCACUGGUGGAUGAUAGAAGCCUUGGAUAGGCUAGUAAGUCGCUUGGCGUCUAAGCAACAACACGACGAUGAGGACGAAGUACAGCCAUGCUCUUUGAGCUAGAGGGAAAAUCUGACUUGUAAAUAACCGAGUGUGUUAGGAUGUUGCUCUUGCCUCUAAGGAAGAGAGAGAUCCAAAAACAAACAAGAGAGAGGGAGAAAGGGAGAGACACACAUCAAGGACAAGUAAUGAGAAAGGGAUGAUAAGAAAUUGGCAUAAUUUUCCAGUUCUUGUCUUGUUUUCUCGGAGUUCUAAUGUCGGGACUAUUUUAGUACUAAUGUUGAUGGUGGAAGCACUACAAAGAGUUAGAAAUGAGAAUUGGAAUGUUCAAAGUAUAUUGUAGAACAUUGUUUCAAGUAAUAAAGAAGCUUCCCUUUCUUGUCUUUCAAAUUUUUGGAUUUUUGAUUCUCUUCAAGGUUUCAUAAUGUGGGUUUUGGAGCUUCAAAAACCAUAUCAAUUAAUAUCAAUAAACGCCCUUCAUGUGUCCA